UGCCCGCACCCGGCAUGGCGGCCGGCGGCUUCGGCGCCGCUCCCGUCUCGUCCGCUGGAGGCAGGGAGCGGGCUGCCGGCUGCCCGCACUCGGCAUGGCGGUCAAAGGGGCCCGGCAGCGGCCGCGGGCAGGAGGAGGAGGAGGAGGAGGAGGAGGAGGCGGCGAGGCGGGCCGGCCGCGCUCGGAGGCGGAGGAGGCUCGCCUGGAGCCAUCUGGGAGCAAAGCAGGGCAAGUGUGGGCCCCUGAAGGAUCAACAGCAUUCAAGUGUCUCAUCUCAGCCAGGUUCUGUGCAGCUCUCCUGAGCAACAUCUCGGAUUGCGAUGAGACGUUUAACUACUGGGAACCAACACACUACCUCGUUUAUGGGAAGGGGUUUCAGACGUGGGAAUACUCUCCAGCCUAUGCCAUCCGCUCGUAUGCUUACCUGUGGCUUCAUGCCUUACCAGCGCUGUUCCAUGCUAGAGUUCUACAAACUAAUAAGGUUCUGAUCUUCUAUUUCCUCCGAUGCUUCCUGGCGUUCCUGAGCUGUGUUUGUGAACUUUACUUCUAUAAGGCUGUGUGCAAGAAGUUUGGGCUACAUGUGAGCCGGCUGAUGUUGGCCUUCUUAGUUCUCAGCACUGGGAUGUUCUGCUCAUCUGCAGCCUUCCUCCCCAGCAGCUUCUGCAUGUACACCACAGUGAUUGCCAUGACUGGCUGGUACAUGGACAAGACCUCUGUCGCAGUGCUGGGCAUAGCUGCUGGAGCCCUUGUGGGCUGGCCCUUCAGCGCAGCGCUUGGGCUUCCCAUUGCCUUUGACUUGUUAAUACUGAAGCAGAGGUGGAAAAGCUUCUUAAACUGGUGUGUGGUGUCGUUGAUCCUGUUUUUGGUGCCCCUGGUAGUUGUGGACAGCUAUCACUACGGGAAGCUGGUAGUUGCACCUCUCAACAUUGUUUUGUACAAUGUCUUCACCUCUCACGGACCUGAUCUCUACGGUACUGAACCCUGGUCCUUCUAUUUCAUCAAUGGCUUUCUGAAUUUCAACGUGGCAUUUAUUUUGGCGCUGCUGGUGCUACCACUGACUUAUCUCAUGGAGUGCCUGCUUCAGAAAUUUCAUGUCCAGAAUCUGGGCCGUCCCUACUGGCUGACGCUAGCUCCUAUGUACAUCUGGAUCGGCAUUUUCUUCAGUCAGCCCCACAAAGAAGAGAGGUUUCUCUUUCCCAUCUAUCCCCUCAUAUGUCUCUGCAGUGCUGUAGCUCUGUCUGCUCUUCAGAAGUGUUACCACUUCGUAUUCCAGCGCUACCGCCUGGAACACUACACGGUCUCCUCCAACUGGUUGGCUCUGGGGACUGUUUUUCUCUUUGGCCUUUUGUCACUGUCACGCUCAGUUGCCUUAUUCAGAGGCUACCAUGGGCCUCUGGACCUGUACCCAGAAUUUCACAGGAUUGCUACAGACCCGAGUAUUCACACCGUGCCAGAGGGGAGACCAGUUAACGUCUGCGUGGGAAAGGAAUGGCACAGAUUUCCAAGCAGCUUUCUCUUGCCAGAAAAUUGGCAGCUCCAGUUUAUCCUGUCCGAGUUCAGGGGCCAGUUACCAAAACCCUUUGCCAAGGGACCAAUGGCCACACGGAUCAUUCCCACUGACAUGAACGACCAGAACAAGGAAGAGCCGUCUCGAUACAUUGACAUUUCCAAAUGCCACUACCUGGUGGACUUGGACACAGUAGCUGAAACCCCAAGGGAGCCGAGGUAUUCCUUGAACAAAGAAGAGUGGGUGACCAUUGCCUACAAGCCAUUCCUAGAUGCUUCCAGGUCCUCAAAGCUGCUGCGUGCAUUCUACAUUCCUCUCCUCUCAGAAAGGUACACACGGUACGCCAACUACACGAUUCUGAAAUCCCGGAGGUCGAAGCAAACGAGGAAAAAAAUGGGAGGCUAGGAGCACACCUGGGUAACAAAACCAAAAGCAUGUGCUGACGCUCUUGGACAGCUACCUAAGCAUUCUUCAGUUUCUUUUCUGAAAGAUUGCGCUUGUAAGGUUCACUAAUAAAGAUUUCCCACGAAGUGAUUUUGCUCUGCAAGCUUCCAGCUGUAAGAAGGGUGCAUCAUCUGCUUUCAGUUCUCAGUGUCAGGUCUCUGCUCUGCCUACACAGAACGGUUCAGAACCAGUCUGAAAAUCCAGCAGCCACCUACAGACAUAUUAUCUGUGCUACUCCCUGUAUUAUUAUCUGUUACACCAGAGAAGAGAAAGAUGGAAAAUAAAAAGGAAUGACGGUGUGAGGUUCUGCUCCGGGUUGCAAUCUGGCAUUGGGAAAAUCUGGCUCUGCUCCCUCUCUGUUUCUCUAGUCCGUGGCUGUUUAAGUACUGCUCUGCUCGCUUUCUCCCAGGGAUUUUUUUUUUCCGACAGCAGAUCUUUUAAAAAAAAUUGUUUGGAACAAAAAGGAAGGAAGAAAACACUUGAAAGACGCUUAACUGUGAAACGCACUGAGUCUUGAGGAAUGAAGUAGUCUGUGCCAUGGAGCAGCAGUGGGAAGUUGCUCUGUCCAGGGGAUCCUUUGAAGAAAAAACUUGUGCUUUUGGGGAAAAAAAGCCACCACAAACUUGGGAAUUGAGCUCAUUGUCUGUUUUAAUGGGACUGGGAUGUCUUUGUUAUAUCUGAUGCUAUGAAACACAGCGUGUUUGUUUGUUAUUUAUCAUUUUUUAAAGAUACCUAUAACAUGCUUUCAGUUCUACAUCUUAAAAUCUCUGGGAACAGGCAGAGAAGAGGAGAAAGGUUGGUUUUAUUUUUUGCAAUCCUGUUUCCUAAAGCUACCAAGUGUUUGCGUGUUUGUUCCAUUGGUCCAAUAUGCUUCGGAGGAAUGCUGCGUGUAAUUACAUCUUCAUUUUAAAAACAGUGUAA